AUGUUUUUUAUCUUUUCCUUGGUUCCAGUUAACGCCAAAGCUAACGUCUCACUCUCCGGGCAGAUCAUCAAGAAACACGGAGAAGACUAUUUACAUUAUCACAAGAUGACAAUUAAAAUCAAAGUAGUCACUGGGAAACUACGCCUGGACAAUCUGUUUGGUGGAGAACCAGUUUUGGGAGAAGUUAUCAACAGUGCCAUCAACGCGAACUUCGAACAGUUUAUGAACGAGCUGGCGACCUAUCGUCGAGAAGGCUUUAGCGAAGUUCAUGUUGGAGAGCGCUGA